AUGAGCGCGUCAACGCAAUAUUGUGAUUAUUGGAGUGGUAUUAGUAGUACGACGAAUGAUUAUAGUGCUUAUCACAAACCUUCUAGUGAUAGAUACGGACCGAAUCCUUAUUUUAGUGGUUACAAUCAUCAGCCAGGAGUUUGUGGAGAUGGGACUGUCAAUGGACAAGGUUUAUACCCGCCAUACGCACCUUUUCAACAGACUCAGAAUUCUCCAUUUCCGAUGCCGAUCAAGGAAGAACCAACGAACCGAACGUACAAUACGUGCCGCUACCAAAAUCAACCAUAUUCAAAUCUCGAAAGCGCGGCGGACAAUUCACUCAGUCCACCGCCGUCCAUUAAUCACCAUCUCGGACCUUAUGAAAUGGGUUUUGAUCGUAUGGCUCACCAAAGAAGCGAGCUUAAUGAAGCCGUUGAAUCUUCCAUAAAGAAUCUUGGGUGCAACAGUCCAGUAGCAGACAACAAAAAGGAUUCUCCAGCUUUAAGAGCUUUACUGAAUAAGCCGAGCCAUGAAAAAAUUUCAUACGAUUACUCAACUGUACGAAAACCUACCAAAGACGCAAGCCAAUCUGAUGAGAUUGCUAAAAGCCCAUCGGAAAGUACCAACUAUGGAUUUGACAGUAACGUUGCAGAUAAUCAGAAAAAUAUUUUUCCCUGGAUGAAAAGCAACAGUGUUGAAUGUAGUGGAUCGGGUAAUAAACGUACAAGACAAACAUACACCAGAUACCAAACACUAGAGCUGGAAAAGGAAUUCCAUUCGAAUAAAUACCUGAAUCGAAGAAGGCGCAUAGAAAUAGCUCAUUCUUUGUGCUUGACAGAGAGACAAAUUAAAAUUUGGUUUCAAAAUAGACGAAUGAAAGCAAAAAAAGACAGUAAGUUCGGCCUCAACUAUGAAUUUCCCGUACCAGGAGAAGACAUAAAUAUGAACCAAAAAGCUAGUUUUCCAGCAAGCCAAAAUUUCAAGGACUUUUAUAUGGAUACUCCGAAUCCUAAUGAAGAAUCAUAUACAGUAGAUCAUUCAAGUAUGAUCCAACAACCGCCGAACCCGUUUGAGACGGCCGACCUAGCUCGACCUUUAACGCAAAUUAAGAAUAUACCGGGUCCGCCUGUUUCACCCUAA